UUAACGUUGAGUCUACUGGCAUUAUGGAUUCUGAAAAGAUUUUUCUUGAUUCUGUACAUAUUCUACAAGGGAAAUGUAGACGGCUUUCAACUGCGUUAGAACAUAAAUUAAGAGAAAAAGAAAGGAAUCGCGAACAAAUGGAUAUUA